AUGAAUGAAAAUAUAAGUAAAGUAAAUAGCACGGUCGUUGAGCUAUUGGGGAUGUCUGAUUUAUUUAAACGAAUGCAAAACACCUGUUGGGGAAAAUGUAUACCAGAUGUAAAUGAUUCAUUUCUAUCAGUGGGUGAAACAAGUUGCGUUGACAGGUGCGUCCAUAAGUAUAUGGAGAUACAUACGCUAGUUGGAAAAAAUCUGCAGGAGUCUCAAAUUUCGAAGUGA